CGACCCGGAAGUGAAGCGGAAGUGACGCGGUAGGACCCCGCAGCAGCAGCAGCAGCAGCAGCAGCAGCGAUGGCGGACUUCGACAGCUACGACGACCGGGACCGGGCCUACGGCAGCUUCGGCGGCGGCAGAGGGCCCCGCGGCGGCAGCGGCCCCGGAGGCCCCCGGAAGCAGAAGGACCUUCCGUCGGAGCCGCCCUACACGGCCUACGUGGGGAACCUGCCCUUCAACACGGUGCAGGGAGACAUCGACAUCAUCUUCAAAGAGCUCAGCAUUCGCAGCGUGAGACUGGUCCGCGACAAAGAGACAGACAAGUUUAAAGGUUUUUGUUAUGUUGAGUUUGACGACUUGGAGUCGCUAAAAGAAGCGUUGACGUACGACGGCGCCCUGCUGGGAGACCGCUCCCUGCGGGUGGACAUCGCAGAAGGACGCCGGCAAGAGCGCGGUGGUGGAGGCGGCGGUGGCGGCGGCUUCGGGUUCAGGAAAGAUGAAGGUAGAGGAAGAGGGGGAUCGAGAGGAGGCUCCAGAGGAGGACGGGACUCACGAGACGAAUUCUUCGACCAAUCGGGAGGAGGAGGAGGAGGAGGAGGAGGAGGCUUCAGGGAUGACGACUUCAGGGGGGGGAGUCGAGGCGGUCGCCCCGGCGACAGACGGGGGGGAGGAGCCGGAGGAGGAGGCGGACCCGGCAUGAGCCGCUUCAGAGACGCCCCGCCCCCUCGCGGGGGAGGCACAGACUUCAGGGAACCGUCUGAAGAGGAGCGCGCCCAGAGGCCUCGGCUGCAGCUAAAACCUCGAACCGUCUCCGAGCCGCUGAACCAGGUGGCCAAUCCGAACUCUGCCAUCUUUGGAGGAGCCAAACCUCGGGAGGAGGUGAGCACUGACCCGGUCCCCGGACCGCCCGAAGGCUCCGUUAGCCCUUAGCCGUUAGCAGCCGUUAGCAGCCGUUAGCAGCUCCAGCAGCAGCCGCCGCGGCGUUUCCACCACAGAAGAAGAAGAAGAAGUUGUUGUUGGUUGUUUCAGUGCAGAUCCAGAACCAACGUCCUCCAAGCAAAAUGUCUCAAUGUUCAUCAUGAUCUGCUCAGUCCAAUAAAGCUGGAACUUUGGUUUGUA